CCUUCGGAUUCCCCUUAGUGAAAACUCCAUCUCCCAAUUUGCUUCCGCAAUCAACAGAUACAGAGCGCAUUUAUUCUCUUUGCACUCCUUUCUCGCCAAACAUGCAAGCAACUAGAGCACUUAAAAAGGCCUUGCAAUGGCUCGCCACCCAAGCGACAGGGGUCGAAUGGGCGAAACCGAACGUUGAGUAUAGCGUUAGCAAAUAUACGGAUUUGGCCGCCAAGGCACAUAGCGCAGUCAUCACCGGCACCCCCACACAACUCAAAGAACGAACGGUACCGUUGACCCAAUGCACGUUUCUGGGGUUAUCUAUACCAAGAGCCAGAACCGGCUUACUUCCUUCCACGCAUAUCCAAACGGACUCGUGAAGUUUUCGAAGAGCAGGUACGAAGAGGUUUUGGUUCCUAGUGGUGAUCAAAGCUCCAGCUCCCAAUCUGCGCAAGCAGCACCAGCUACGCAAACCGCGCCAUCCUUGACCUGGCGAGUGGAAAACAAUGUGCCGGAAUAUUGGGACGGGGCUCAAUGGGUUGCGGCUCAGUAUUUCCAUGAACACGGGAAAUGGAUGUACUAUUAUGGCAACCAAUGGUAUGUCUAUGGUUAGGUCUGGGGAAAAACCUGUUUUAAAGCUGAGAUGCUAAGUCUGGAGCGAGUCGGGCAAUGUCCAUAGACUUGUUAAGGCAGUUAGCAAUAGAUGUUACGG